AUGCCUACACCUGUUCAGAAAUAUACUAUUCGUAUAUUGACAGAAUCCGAAGAGAAUGAUUUAAUAACUGUGGCUAAUACAGGCUCAGGAAAGUUGGCAUAUUUUAUUUUUAACCAUAAGCUUAACUAUAUAUUUAAGCAAAAGUAAUAUUUUUUUCGACAUAUUUAUUGGUCCCCUUUUAGAAGACUCUCAAAAUUAUUUUCUACUAUUUAUCCAUGAAUACCGAAUGCCU